AUGGAGCAUCAACCUUUAUUUUCCCCUCUACUUUUUCUUCUUCUACGAAGACAACCUCUUUAUUUCUUCUUUUUCCUUCUUCUCCUCCGAAUAAUAGUUUUUGUUAUUUCUAUUACAUUUUUCUUCUUUUCAAAUAAUAGACAUUUUCUUCUUCUUCUUCUUCUUCUUCUUCUUCUUCUUCUUCUUCUUCUAACAUUAGUUCUUUAUUUCUUCUUCCCUUUUUCUUCCCUUUUUCUUCCAUUUUUCUUCAUUUCAUAUACUAGACCUUUAUUUGAUCUUCUUUUCCGUCUUCAAAUAUUAGUCCAUAUUUCCGUUUAUUCUUCCUCCUCGUAUUCUUCUUCUUCUUCUUCUUCUUCUUCUUCUUCUUCUUCUUCUUCUUCUUCUUCUUCUUCUUCUUCUUCUUUAUGGAAUACUGUUUUUUUCUUCUCCGUCUAUUUUUCUUUGAAUUCUAAUUACUUACUUCUUCUUUUCGUAUACUCGACCUAUAUUCCUUCUUUUCUUCUUCUUCUCGGAAUACUACAUCCUUAUAUCUUUUUCUUCUUCUUCUUCUUCUUCUUCUUCUUCAUGAUAGCAUUCGUUCCCCCCCUUUUUUCCCCGUCUUCGCAUCGCCUUUAUUGCAGCUGUCUUCCUUAUCUUUUCUUUUUUUUCUUUCUUUCUUUCUUUCUUCCUUCCUUUCUUUUCUUUCUUUCUUUCUUUCUUUCUUUCUUUCUUUCUUGA